AUGCGGAAAUUAAAAAAAAUAUUUUUAAUUAAUUUUUUAUUUAUUUUUUAUUCACAAUUCUCUUUUGUUAUUUCAGUUUUUUUAAAUUUAUCCCACAUUCUCCAUUAUACUCUCUUAGAUAUCCAGUUGGCUUUAAUUGAAGAGAUAAAGGACGGUGCCGGUGUUCUUCGGCCAGAGAAGCUCAAACAAAAAGGAAUUACUUGUAUAAUUAAUGCAACAAUAGAAGAACCGACAACUAAUUUAUCUGGUAUUGACUGCGUCAGAAUCCGCAUAGAAGAUUCUCCUUAUUCUCGACUUGAUAAUUAUUUUGAUUUAGCUGCAGACAAAAUUAGAUCCAUUAGAGAACGUGGAGGUAAAACACUCGUUCAUUGUGUUGCCGGUGUUUCACGUUCUGCUACUCUUUGCAUUGUCUAUCUAAUAAAAUAUGAGAGAAUGUCAUUAAGACAAUCAUAUCACUAUGUUAAAUCCUCUAGACCAAUUAUUCGGCCAAAUCUUGGUUUUUGGCAACAAAUGGUUGAUUAUGAACGAAAACUUAGGGGACAUAGUACUGUUACAAUGAUUCCAGUUGAAGGUUCGCCUUUUGCCUUUCCAGAUGUUUAUUCUCAGGAUCUACGUAAACAUAUUUUAACAAAUCCUGGCCCACCUCAACACGAUUCAACAUUAAUUGCUUUACAAAAACGUUUAAGAGAGCGUGAACAACAAAGAGAAAAUAGUAAUGCUGCUGCAGCUGCUAGGGCAACUUUAAUACCUAUUCAAUUAGUUAAUACUACAUCUAAUGGAAAUUCAUCUUCUUUAGCUUCUCGUUUAAGUUCUUCAACAAAUCAACGAAGAAAUAACGGAUUAGAUUCUUCUCUUCGUCAUCGCCAUUCUUCCUCUGCUUUACCUAGUCGUUCUACUCAAAAUAAUGUCCAACAAAAUUCUUCAAUUAAUUCAACCUUUCCUUGGCGUGUUUCUUCACUUUUGUCACCAGCCCCAGGGAGGCGUUCUGCUGCCGGUUUCUCUAAUGGAAGGGGAGAAACUGGGCUUUUUGGUAUGCCAUCGCUUUUUCAACAACAGCAACAACAAAGUCUUUUCCCGGCUUUUUAA